GCUAUUUUUAUGAUUCCUACAAAUCCCCCUCCAACCUUCCGGAAGCCCGAGCUCUGGUCUGAUGAAUUCACAGAUUUUGUGAAGAAAUGCUUAGUGAAAAAUCCUGAACAAAGAGCUACAGCAACACAGCUGCUACAGCAUACAUUUAUUAAGAAUGCCAAACCAGUUUCAAUUUUAAGAGACCUGAUCACUGAAGCUAUGGAGAUAAAGGCAAAGCGACAUGAGGAACAGCAGAGAGAACUAGAAGAGGAGGAAGAAAAUUCAGAUGAAGAUGAGCUGGACUCUCACACCAUGGUGAAGACCAGUUCGGAGAGCGCUGGUACCAUGAGGGCCACAAGCACGAUGAGUGAAGGCGCCCAGACAAUGAUUGAACACAACAGUACUAUGUUAGAAUCGGACUUGGGCACCAUGGUAAUAAAUAGCGAUGACGAUGAAGAGGAGGAUGGGACCAUGAAAAGAAAUGCUACUUCACCGCAAGUUCAAAGACCUUCUUUCAUGGACUACUUUGAUAAACAAGAUUCCAAGAAUAAAAGCCCUGAAAACUGUAAUCAGAACAUGCAUGAACCUUACCACAUAUCCAAAAACGUUUUCCCUGAUAACUGGAAAGUCCCUCAAGAUGGAGACUUUGAUUUC